ACUAUGAUGAGCUCAGUGCAGUUUCAAACAUUGAAAUAGAUUUUGAUUAAUUUUUUCCUGUUCUCUGUUUUUUCAUAACAGAAGUAGUUCGGAAUUUGUUUGUUCAUCUUUUUGGCGAAGAAAUGCCGUUGACAAGGUACCAGAUUAAGAACGAGUUCAGCUUGGCCGAUCCGGAGCUGUAUAGAGCUACCGAAAAGGAUGAUCCCGAGGCUUUACUUGAAGGCGUUUCCAUGUCUGGCCUUGUUGGCGUUUUGCGCCUGCUCGGUGACCUCGCCGAGUUUGCUGCUGAGAUAUUCCACCACUUGCAUGAAGAGGUAACGACAACUGCUGCUAGAGGCCAUGUUCUAAUGGCCCGAGUUGAACAACUUGAGGCUGAGUUCCCUUCCGAUGAGAAGGCAUUUUUAUCGAAAACCAGUCAGUCAUUAUUCUUUACCAAUGCAGGUGUUGAAUGGCUUCCUAAUCUGCGCACUGAACAUAAUCUAAUCACUCGUGGUGACUUACCUCGCUGUGUGCUGGAUUCUUAUGAGGAAUGCAGAGCCCCUCCACGAUUGUUCCUUUUGGACAAAUUUGAUAUUGCGGGUGCUGGGGCAUGUUUAAAGCGUUACACUGAUCCAUCGUUUUUUAAAGCAGAACCGGCUUUCACUGGAAUUGCACCAUUAGAAUUUCCAAGAGAAAAGAAAGCACAUAAAGUGAAGAAGAAAGGAUCACGCUGGAAGAAUGGGGAGACUCCAGAAUUUCCACAAACAUCACAUGCCAAAUUUCAUAAUCUGUUUUUGGAGGAGCAUAUUGAGAAUGCUUACAAUGACCCUGCCCGUCUUGUAAAACUGAAAAGAAGGCAAUUAAAUGAAUCUCCACUUGACUCAAAAUCUGGGAGAAGCUACCUGGAGAAAUUCCUGGAGACCCCUGCACAAAAGAAAGUUGCUGUUUACGAGAACUCUGGUACUCUGCCUCUAAGGUUGACAUUGGAUAAUUCUAGUGGGUCGGGGCCUGAAACACUUGAUAUUAGUACAGCGAGUCCUGUAAAUGUGUCUUCACAAGGAAAGGAAACCUUAAGUUCUGAACCUACUGUACAUGAAAUUGUCUUGAAACCAUCCAUUGAAGAGUUGAAUGAAGAAGUCAUUGAUACAGACGUUAUGAAGGUGCCUGAGACAACAGUUGAUAUCAAGGAUGGAAUCCCCCUUUCCCUUCACAAAGUAACAACCGAAGAGGAGAUAAUAGUUGAUAGGGAAGGCAUGGAAGAUUACAAUGUAUAUGCGGACCAUUCCGAUGACGUGACCAGUGAGGCUGACAACAUUGAUGCAAUUACUACCAUGGAGUCUGAAAUGGAUACGGACAACGAGUAUAAACUGAAGAAUGGUAUUGACUUCGAGAUUAUUGGGAAGUAUCAAACAGGUUCUCAUGCAAAAGAGGAAAAGCUUGGAGCCCAAGACUAUUCAUCAUAUUAUCAAUCAGAUUGGAUCUCCUCUGCAUCUGAUGAUGGAAACUGCUCUAUUAAGAAAAGAUCUGGUUUUACCAAUUCUGAUACUAUACACAAUCUGGCUAAAGAUAUGGCGUCAGAUGGUGAAAUAGCAGAAGAAGUGGUCCCUUCAAAUAGAAACUUUGUUACUGAGAUUGUUCAGGCACCUCCCAUCCAGCUUCCUACAUGUUUGGAGAUGCAAUGUCCCAGUUCCGAUCAGAUUUUGUUACAAAAAGAUAGUUCUUUUGGUGAACAUUGCCUUCCUGAUCUUGGAGAGGCAUCCUAUAGUUUAUGUCUGGAAGAUUUGAACUCUACACAUAUAUUGUUGGAUGAAGUAAGUCCAUUGGCAAUUCCUUUGUUGGAACCACAACACGAAGAAGUAGCCUCUGAUGGUAAAUCAAAUUCUAAUUUGUCAGACAGUGAUUGCGGACAAUGUUUGAAUGAUUCUUCAGAAGUCAUUUUUUCUUAUUCUUCUGAGAAACAGGUUAACUUGAUCACUCUUUCUUCUGGAAGUCAUUCAGUAUAUGAGUUGGGCUGUGGAGACUUAAAUGUCUCUUCUGAUGCUUUGUCACAUUUAUUGAAUGUUUUACAGGUUUCUCCUUUGAAAGGAAGCGACAAUGAUCAUUUAGAUGAAGUUCUUGAAACAGAUUUUGCUGGGGAAAUUUGUGCUGGGAAUUCAGUCAACCAAACAAUUGGUUCACCAAACUGCAUUAUUUCAUCGACGGAGGAGCAGGGCCUUUGUUCAACCUUCACUGAAGGAGAAGAGUGUAUAACUCCAGUGGUGGAUGCUUCACAGAUUUGUGGCUUUAAUGAACAUCAAUUUUCGGACAUAUUACAUCAUGGUCCAGAAGUUGAGGCUAGCCUAACAGAGAGAGAGGCUUCAUAUUCUGAACAGAAACAAAAUGUUGUUGAAAUUUCUGACGCUACAGAGGGAGAAGAAACUAUGGGAUUUACUUGCAGUGCGAAUGAGGUGGAAGAUGUUAUUCGUUGUGACCUUCCUUAUGAUUUUUCUGAUAAUUUGAACCUCAAGAACCUUGAGGAUUUAGAUGAUCUGGCAACUGAAAAUGUUCAUGCUGGAAGUAUUGCAGUAUCUGCUGCUGCUUAUAAUUCUGCCUACUUCGGAAAUGAUGUUGAUGAUACUAUAUAUCACUCUUCAAAUUUGAUUUGCCCUCCAUCUGGAAAACAAAUGGAUUUGGAAGUGUUUCUUGCUGGUGAUAGAGAUAUGUGUCAUGAAGGAUUGGAGUCCAAUGAGGUUGUUUCUCAAGAAUGUCUUACAGAGUUGGAGACGGAAGAAGCAACAAAUCAAGUGGUAGGUACUCCAGCAGAUGUAGAUUCCACUUCAUGCAAGUCGGUCUCUUAUACCAAUUCCAAUUUAGAAGAUACAGUCCACUAUGCGACUCUGGCUGAACCAACCAAAGAUAGCUUGAAUUUCAUUGAUUUAGCCACCGCACCAGCUUCUUCAGAAUUCAGUGAUAAAGAGUCAGAAUUAGAACAUUCGAGUCAUCUAAAGGAAUGUAAGGAAGACAUGGUGCCUUCAACUACCCAUUACCAAUCAGAAAAAGAAAAUAGUUUAGUGUUGCCGUUAGACAUCCAUGAUAAUCAACAUGAUGUGGAAAAACUGUACAUAGCUGAAGAUGGUUCAAGACAGAUACAAUCUCCGGAUCCCAUGGAUCAGGAAAUAUGCUUGCAGUCUUCUUUUGAACAUUCCAAAGAAGGCUCUUCAACGGAUCCUUCAUUUGAUUUUACAGAACAAUCAGGUAGGCGGGAUAAACAAGAAAGAUAUCCAUCUGAUCUCAUUCAUCAUGCCUUUGGCCUGCACCCUGAAGCAACUGAAUAUGUCAUCGAGGAAAUGCCACCAUUGCCACCUCUUCCUCCAAUGCAGUGGAGGACGGGCAGAGUUCAAUAUGGUGAGAAAGCUCAGUUAGGUUUACCAGCGCCGGAGCAGGGCUUCGAACAGCACCGAAAUCCAUUUCUACCCCUUGUGCCUGGUGAAGAGAGGUCUGGUGAUUCUGAUCAAUUGCCGAUACCACCUACUGAUGCAACUUGUAGACACAUUCCUGUAUCUUUGCAUGAGGAAACAUCACACCGUCCAAACCAGUUUGUACUGGAUGCAAGUUUAGAAGGUGGGGCAUUUCAGAACCCUAAACAAAGUUUUGAUAGAGAACAUGGGAAUCCUCUUGUUGUAUCUGCGUGCCUACCAACUAAGAGAGAGGAGCCAAUUCCAACCAAAGUAGAGCAGUUCACAACUAAGGUAGACGAGCAGCCUCGGCAUGGUUUGGCAGCUUCUGAGGCAGAAAAGGUGCAGACGCCAAAUGUCAUUGUUCAGCAUGGCUUGGCAGCUCCAGAGGGAGAAUCCACACUUAUAGAGCAUGAUUUGUCAACUUCAGAGGGAGAGACAGCAUGGCCCUCAAAUACACAUGCUUUAGUACAAGUUGCUGAAGAAGAAAACUCAAAUGGGAAUUCACCUGUUAAACUUCCUCGUCCUCGCAGUCCUCUCAUAGAUGAUGUUUCUGCUCAUGACAAAAGCAAGAUGAGAAAGGUAACCGAGCAGAAUCGACCUUCAAUCAUACCCAAGGUAGAUGAAAGAGAUUCAUUGCUGGAACAGAUACGAACAAAGUCCUUUAACUUGAAGCCUGCAGUGGUGGUGACCAGACCCCGGGUUGAGGGUCCUAAAACCAACAUAAGAGUCGCAGCGAUCUUGGAGAAAGCAAAUGCAAUUCGCCAGGCUUUGGCCGGAAGCAACGAAGACGACGAUGAAGAUGGUUGGAGUGAUUCUUGAGCUCUACUUGGUUAAAAAAGUUUGGAUCAAAUUGUGGAUGGAUGGUAUAUUCUGUGCCUCAAAAUUGUCAUUCUGUUGGGGUAUGCUGAUAUUCUUUCUGCUCAUUACCCUGUAUAUUUCACUUACACAAUGCUUAUAUACACAUAUAAAAUGCUUAUACAAGGAAGAGAUUGACAUCCAUGGCUGAGCCCCUGUGGUCAAAGUAUUUCU